AGAACUGAAAAUGAGCGGCAGAGGAAAGGGAGGGAAAGGUCUGGGCAAAGGAGGCGCCAAGCGCCACCGCAAAGUCCUCCGUGAUAACAUCCAGGGCAUCACCAAGCCCGCCAUCCGCCGCCUGGCCCGCCGCGGCGGAGUCAAGCGCAUCUCCGGCCUCAUCUACGAGGAGACCCGCGGCGUGCUCAAGGUCUUCCUGGAGAACGUCAUCCGGGACGCCGUCACCUACACCGAGCACGCCAAGAGGAAGACCGUCACCGCCAUGGACGUGGUCUACGCUCUCAAGAGGCAGGGACGCACUCUGUACGGCUUCGGAGGCUGAACUGCUGCUGCAGUCACAACCCAAAG